UACUCUCGAGGCCGAGGCGGGAUAUUGUCAAUCGAUUUCCUUAUUUUUAAUAUAAUCACUGUAUAAUACUAGAUUAGUAAAUCAUAAAUUUUAUAUAUUGAGCAUUAUCUUUGCAGAGUCGAAAAAUGUCUCAAUCAUAUUCUAAAAAGGACAUUUAAUUACUUUUAAAGAUAACGAAUCUAAAGUUUGUUUGGCGUGAAGACUAGUCUUAGAUGAAAAUGGCUUCGUCCACGGAUACCAAAACAGGACUUGCUUAUCUUUAUUUUCGUCGUAUUCAUGUCAAAAGAGUGAUAUGGUGCUUGUUUAUCACUUUAACAGUAUCUUUAGUGCUUAUGUACAUGAAUGUUGUGUCUAUUUUAGACAAGGAGAAUAAUGGAAGAGUGUACAAAGAUCUAUUUGAGAGCAGACAGGACCAAAAGUAUGAUACUGAAGACCAGGAUGACUUUGGUGACCUGGGCGACCUGCAGGAAAGGUCAACAAACUUGUUAUCGAGUCGGAUCAUUGAAUCGUCAGAGAUCAGAAUUGAUGGUUGGUGGAUGUCUCACGCAAGGUGGGAUUAUGAAGUGGACUGUGAUGCCGGGAGAAGAGGACUUUGUGCAAAGGUUCUUAAAGUAGGAUGCAGCCCAGACAGUGUGAGGUCCAUCUACCAAUUCUUGCCUGUUAAUCCACAUGUCAGGUUAAAAAGACUUCAUUUCUCAGCUCAGAGUGCAUCAACUAAUUUAAAGAGAUUCCCAGAAUCUGGGGGAGCAGCAACAUAUAGUGCAAUAGCUUUGUUGAAAUAUACUGACGAUACUACAGAGAGACUAAGAUUAGAGUUUCCUGCUGGUACACAUUCAUAUUUGCCAGCAAAAAUAAAUAAGACGCUGGCAACAGAGAAGCAAGUAGAAAGCAUCACAGUUAUGCUCUGUUGCUAUGGUUAUGAAGGCCAAAUUAAGUUUAGUGAUAUACAACUCCAUGCAUUUAGUGACAUUCCUUCAUCACACACCCCUCUGACCCGAGAUGAAAUGGUUGUACCCUGCACUCGGAGAAAGCCUGCAUUCCUUCCCAAGAAACCCUCCUACCGUACUGAGCAUGUCUUGACAGCUGACAACAUGCAGAUUCCCUUUGAUGAUGUGACCCUCAUCACCCAUGCCUCCCUGGAUCGCAUCGAUGGUGUCUUGAGGAUGCUGAACAGCUGGGAUGCUCCUUGUUCCAUCUCCCUCUACCUCCCGAUCAAAGCGGAUGAACGAGAUGAAGAUAUUGAGUGGAAAAAGAUUUAUGUGUUUAAGAAGAUGAGAAUUUUACAGACGAGAGCCGACAUAGACCUCACGCUGGUGUAUUCUAAUACAAUGGAUGAUGUGUACCCUAUCAAUUACAUGAGAAAUGUUGCAGUAAGCCAAGCAAAGACCAAAUAUAUUUUGUUAUUAGAUGCAGAUUUCUUACCGUCCCCAACCCUCCAUAAACACUUCUUGGAUGUCAUGGCGAUGUGGCAGGUCUCGGAGCAAAGAGACCAGAAGACAGCGUUUGUUGUUCCAGCAUUUGAUUAUAUUGAAGAAAAACAGGACCAAGCUGGUCUACCUCGUACCAAAGAUGAACUUAUAAGCCUCAUGAAACAAGAUCUGCCAGCUGUUUCUAUUUUUCGUUUUUAUGAAUCUCCUCUGUCACAUCAACCAACAAACUAUGUACAGUGGUACAUGGCAAAUGAGCCUUACAAGAUAUCUUAUUAUGAAGAUAAAUAUGAACCUUAUCUCAUCUUGCAGAAAUCUGGGAUGCCUAUGUAUGAUGAGAGGUUUACUGGGUAUGGUAUGAAUAAGAUCACUCACAUCUUGGAGCUUCAUGCAGCAGGAUAUGACUUUGUAGUCCUCCCAGACGCAUGGGUGAUCCACAUCCCUCACCUGAUGUCAACCCAGAAUUCUCGCUUCCUUAGCGAUCCAAUCAGCAGAUUGACCAAUCGGGUGACUCGCCUUGAGUUUGUAUCCGAUGUCAUGAGGAAGUACCAGAUAGGGGCAUGCAAGGGAUCACCGACAUAGCAAGCAGUGUAUGGGACUGAGGUCCAUGAUUUCAGUACAUCACGAAUGACAGCAGGUGGGCCUGAAAGAUGAUUUGAAACACCUAUCCCAGCACAAACGGCAGUUUGUGGGACUGCAAAGAAUGCUGAAAUAAAGUAUUAUGGUUUUCCUCAUUCAAGUGUGUGAUUUCAUUAGCAAGCUGAUGUGAGUUGUAACCAAGAGUUUUUAGGGUUUUUUUUUUUUUUUUUUUAAUCAGGUAUGUUGGAAAAUUUUCCAAACAGUAAUGUCAGCUGAAUGUCCAGAAAAAAAUGUUUAAUUCUUCAUCAUAUUGAAGUUUGAGUUUAUUUUGACGUUAAGUUGCUUUGACUAAUACGAAAGAAAAUUAAAAUACCUGGCAAGUGUCAUCAGAAUCAGAUGAAAAAUACAAAACUUAUGACAUUAAGUUUUGCAGAAUUUCUCAACAGUUGUAUGCAAAACACAAGUAUUGAUAUGUAUACGAGAGAGUCGAUGGUGUCAAUUUCAAUUAUCCUGAGAUUUCAGAUAUUUUCAUUUUUGUGGAGUUGGAUAAUAAAGAAGCUCUUGAUCUAUGAGUUAUAAUUAUGGGGUCAGAUGAGUUAAACCAUCUUUUACAUUAAACAGGAGUUAAAAAAAUGAAAAACUUUACAUUUCAUCUUAAAUAUAACAAAAAAUAGGUUUGUGAUGUCAUUUACAUAGCACCCAUGUUAUGCAUAUCUCUGUUUUGUGAAUUGAAGCAAAAUAGUGAAAUUCCAUAACUUUUACAUUCAAUUUUGAUGAGAUUUUCGGCAAUAUACACUUCUUUUUCCCCUUUUUGUUCAAAUCAACUUGUUGGAGUGGACUUUGCCUUUGAAUAUGAUUUUGUGACUCAUUUGACUCUACAGACAAUUUUUUUUUCCUUGCUCAAUGUAUAUUCUCGUCAUUAUUUCAUCUAAUGUAAAAUGCAUUUUAUUUAAACCCCACCGUAGUUUACUGUUUACAACCCAAAUGCAUUUUACAGGUAUAUUAUGUCAUGGAAUAACUUGCCUGCUAUAUUUAUUUUGUUCUGGGAGUUUGAUGAGACUCCUUGGUUUUUAUCUGUUUAUUUUUAUGUAUUCGUAUUACAUAAGUCAUUUCUUUUGGUGCAUGCUAUUUGUUUCUUAAGGUGCUUGGGUAUAAAUUAUAAUGUGAAAAUUUUGGUAUAUAUUUAACAGUUUCUUUUAUUAAUUUUGGGCAUUUGGUACAGAUCCACUUCUUUUUGUUACAACUCCUGCAAGUUCUUGUUUUUUAAAGUUAUAAUUUACCCUUCAAGAAAGCUGUUUGAUAGACAUACUUUUUUUCCAAAUCAAAAAGGUUAAGUAAUUAUGACACUCUAAAGAGUGGCAGAUUGCUUUCUACUCUAUAUCUCUAUUUAUUAAUUUUUUGGUAUAAUUUUUUUUUCUAAUUUUUAAUGAAAUUUUAAAGCUUCCCCACAUACAACUCAUUAAUUUGUAUUUUAAUUGUGCAAUAUGUUUAGUUACAAAAAAAAAACUCUUGGGGAAAUAGAAGUAAUGUGAUCAUUCCUUCUAUCCAUCACCCCUUUCUUUAGAUAUAUGGAAUACAUCUAUGCCACAUGGAAGAUAAAAUCACUCUUGCAAUAGAUAUUGAUCUUAACCCUAUGAACUUUUUUUUUCUUGUUUUGCAGAUUUACUCUUUUAUACUCAUUCACAAUAGAAACUUACAACAAUUUACCAAAACUAUGAUAAUAGAUACCUCUAUAUAUCAUACACUGUAUAUGUUUUGUAUAAUUAGUUUUAAUACUUAUACUGUAUUAUGAAAAUCAAGUAUGAAAAUUGAAUAAUUGAGAAACUAAAUAAUCAGUAAUUUAUCUCUGCCUGAUAAGUUAACAAAAAUGAUCUCUUUACCAAAGGUAUGAAUAUUUUUGACAUGGUGAUUUCUUAUCAGAAAACUUGCCUUAUUUUUAUUAAUGUGGUCUAUUUUCCUGUAUUUUUAACAAUAAACCCCUAUAUUUAUAUUAGUUGAGAAAGAAGUAUUUGUAAUGGUAAUAAAGGCCCUUCCUGUGUGUCUGUUUCACAUUCAUUUUCUUAAUUUUUUUCACUUCCAUAAAAUCAUGAAAUACAAUAUCUCCCAAGAAUAUACCAAUGAUGGUAUGUAGAAUACUCAUUAUUCUGUCAAAUUCACUGAAUAUUCAAAUAUUUAUUCAAAACAUGAUCAUGUAUUAGUUAUUGUAUUGGUAUGUAUAUAUACUUUUCAAUUUAUGUUCAAUUGUCUUUAUAUUCUUGCCUCUUUCUUGUUAUAUCAUUUCAUAGUAUUUAUUUACCAUGGGAGAUAUGAUGUAUAUUGAGUAUACUCCCUUGUGUACCCUUCUCCUUUUGAGAAAAAAGUAUUGUGGCUGAAUUCUUCUGCAUUAUUUGCAUUAAUGAUAUUGAUGAAAAUAACCUACUUUUCUAAAAUGGUAUACAUUGUAAUACUUUUCGAAAGAAAUGUUACGCCGUGCAGUGAGUACCUUCAACUAUACUGAAGAUGUGUAACAAUGUACGUUAGUCAGCUCUAUCGCCAUCAUCAUCAUUACCAUCAUCGUCAUCAUCUCUACGCUCUUGAUAUACAUUUAUAUAUUUAUCAGCAAAUAAUGGGUGAAAAAUUAUGUUGUAGUAGAUAAAUGAUGCAUGUGACAUCUAUCAGGGGUGUGACAGUUUAGCUUUUGAGCUAAUUUGAAAUUUUGCUCGUUUUCUUUUGAUGUUCAUAUCAAUUUCAGCUUAUUUUAGCUUUAUAUCCUCUUUACAUAAGUAUCGGAGCUUACGAUUCCAGCGUUUUUCAACCGUCUCAAGGCGAUUCCAUACAUGUCGUAUGGGACAUUAUGACAAUAAUUUCUAGUUCCUUCGAUGAAUGCUGGAGCAAUAAUUUUUUAUUUGUCAAUGAUAAAGCUAUAGUGGGUAGUUAUGUGAAAAACUGAUGACUGACCAAAAAAAAGCUUGAUUAUGGAUGAAUUAAAGGUGAAAAUGUAGUGUUGUACGGGACUCAGAAAUGUCCCGUACAACAUCUCUAAUUCACCCAUGGAUGGCUUUUUUUGUCGGUUGUCAUAUUUUUACAUGACUUCCCAGUAGUACUGUAUUAUUACCACAAGAUGUUAGUUCUUUGUUUGGACAGCAGGUUGAAAAAUGUUGUGAAAAUGGCUUAUUUUUUAGCAUGGAAUCACCUUUAAGCUUUUUUCGGCUCUUGUAUAUGAUCACUCACACCCCUGACUUACAUGUAAGUCUUUGAUCGCUAAUGCCAUUGAGAGUGAGAGUGGUUAUCCUUUGAAAUAAUUUUCUUGCUCUAUGUUUCUACCUUCAAACUCUGAACUGGGUAACUGGAAAUAUGACACCAAAGCAUUAUAGUAUUCUCUUCAGCAUACGAUUUAUGAUUAAGUAAUGGUAUGUACAUUUUUCUUGCAAAAAAAAUCCUUUAUCAAUUAUUUCUAUGACUUUGUAUAUUUUGUAUAUGUGUAGAAAUCAAGUUUUCUAUAAUUCUGUGACAGGAUUGUAUCCUUCUUUAUGCUGUAAUUUGUACAUUUUAUUCAUUUAUUUUAAUUUUUCAUUUAUUUCUUAAAAAAGGUUAGGCUGAUUCUGCCUUCUGACUCCUGGUGAGUUGACGAGACAUUUAUCUUUUUUGCAGUAUUAUUGUAACGUCUACUUGGACAUCCGUAGACCUAUUACCUAUUCUUAGUGCUCUGUUUCAUGUCAGCAGGACUGUAUGUCAUUCAAAAUUGUGGUCUAUUGCUCUGUUUUGUGUGUCUUGUCUCAAGUUUGUGUGCUUUUAGCUCUUGUAGAUUUAAGCAUUCAAAAUGAUAUGUACCCUAUGCAGUACAUGCAUGCAUGUUGGUCUGUUCUCGAUGUAGUGUUGAAAACAAAUUUCUGUCAAUUGUCUUUGAAAUAAAUGGAGUGGUAUGUUUUAUUGUUUGUCAGUAUUAACUUGAGCAGUUGUGUAAAGGAUGAUACAUAAAGGUAGUCUACAAAAAUGGAUGUUUUCUCAACCCAAAAAAAGGAAGUAAGGAUGGAUCUGUAUUUCAUUAUUUGGAUUUGAUAUUAUCAGAUAAAGGUGGCAAGGAGCUCCUUGGAAAUGGUAAUCAAAAAAGUUUUUAUUUUUUCCCAGUUUUUUUUUUGGUAUUUCAAAAAUGGUUUGAUCAGGGAACUUGAAAAUUAUAUUUUCAUCAUAGAAAAUAAAGAAGGGCAUUAGUAUUUAAAAGUAUUCAUUUAUUGUUCUCGAUGAUCUUUAAUUGUUUUUAGAAUUAUUUUUGACCAUUCCAAUUACUUCUGUACAUUCCUUGUAGUUUAUCACAUUUGAAAUAAAUAUCGAGUCAAAAGGUAAUGGUACUAUUCAUAGUGUAUUAACAUGUUUGACGAAUAGAGGGCCAAUUUUGAUGUUUCCAAAUAAACUAAGUUUUGGGGUUUGGGUUUUAUUUUUUGUUUUGUUUUGGAGUCGUGUUUUUUGAAUGGGGGGUUGCAUUGCCAUAUUUACAGAUGGUUAUGCUUUGAUUUGGUUUUAUUUUGCUUUCAACAGUAUACAUUGAAUAACAUUUUUUGUAUUACCUAGGAUUAAAAUAAAUGGUAGAAUUUUCUGGUAGAAUCUGGAAAACCCUCUUGUUAGAAAGAAACCAAUUAUAGUCAUCAUUUCUCUAGAUAGAAGAAAUGAUAAUAUAAAUGAAUAUUUGAAAAAUGCUAAAGUAAUAGUCAUCCGUCUUAAUAUUUAUAAUGUUAUCAUACCAUAAUUACAUGUGUUUCUCUCUUUUUAAUGAAGAUAUUUUGUAUUGAAGUGUGAUUGUACCAUCUUUCUAUUCAUUUGAGAAAAGGGUUCAUAUUCAAGUUUCUUGUUAAAGAACGCCAACAUAGUUUUGAUCAAUAAGUCUUAUUAUUUUAAGAUGUUGGCAUACAUUUUCGAUGCUUUUGAAGUGGCAGAAUUUUACCGAAUAGAAUUUUAUGAUCAUGGUUUUAGAUGUUUUAAAUAUGUAUGUGUGAAUAUUUGUGUGUUUAUGAUGUUACAUACAAUGUAUUAAGAGUGUGGUAUGUUUUGCUGUGCUUGUACUCGUAGAAGAUCCUCUUUGUGAUAAAAUAUGUAAUUUGGCAUUAGAAAUAAGUACUAGCAAUACUAUCCUAUUACUUUGCUUCAUAUCGAAGAUGUACAUUCUGAAAUGUGUAUAUUUUGCCAUAGAUUGUAUAUUAUUAGACCAAAAGAUAUUAUUCAUGUUUUUUAUUGACUUGCUUGCUCUUAAAUAAUGUAAUAUUUACAACAAUAAAGGUCUUAUAAUAAUUAAUACCCUUUUGGCUCUUAACAUAAGAUCAAUGUCUAUCUGGACGAUGGUACUUCAAAAUACAUUGUACUAAUUCUUUCAAUUGAUAUAUUCUUUCAUUUUCCUUUCAUGAAAUAGUUUUAAGAAAUUUCUCUUUUAUUCAUCUCAUGUUUGAUACUUUUUGGCAUCAUGUAAUUUGAAUAAUUGUUAAUUACUUGAUAAACAUGAUUGUUUUUUUUUCUCAGUGUUUAUUACAUUUGAAUGUAAUUUCUAUUUGUCAUGUAAUUUCUUUUUAAAAAUAUUUUUCCGAAGAAGCUAACUUUGACUUCUUUAAACUGAUAAUUUUGCACCAAUGUCUGAUAGAUAAUUUAUUGUAGGAGGACUGAUUGUUUCUAUGGGUAUGUAACCUAACAAUUAUUUCCUCUUGAACAUUACAAUUUGCCUGGUAUUGAACUGGUUUUAUCUUUAAUGAUGAUAUAAAAACUUAUUUGUAUAAUCAUUUAGAUUUUAUAAUAUGCAUUCAAGGAUGCUCACAACGACUCCAGUAUAUGCACCGCAAUCCAGUAUUUCACCUCAUGCACGCCUCUUGCCAAAGAAAAACCUCAUUCGUUCACUGCACAAACUGUUUGUAUGGACUUCUAUUUUCUAGCAAUGCAAAUUUUUCUAGAUGUUCGCUAAACAUCGAAUGAUAAAAUGCAACAUGAUUUCUAUUACUGAAAUAAGAUACAAGUGUGAAUAUAAACUUUAGUCAAACUCAAAAUCCAUUUCUUUUCCAAACAAAUGCCAACAAAGGCUUUAUGGAAACAAAGUCACUUUACAACAAGAAGUCAUGUUUUACAACAACGUGUAUUACAUACAUGUACAGCUAGUUUAUAAUUGAAGUGAAAAUUUCACUGUUAUUUGAUCGUCAUGUGCUUAAUUAAUGUUCUUUUUUUAAUUAUGUCAUUGAACGUCAUCAUUGAGGAGAAAAUAAAUGGCGCCCUCAAUCUUUGCCUGUC